GCAGGCUCUAGACUCUGCCUGCUCUCGGGAGGGGACCAUGCCGCGCUCCUUCCUGGUGAAAACGCACUUCAGUCACAGGGUCCCCAACUACGGGAAACUGGAGACACUGAGAGAAGCUAAUGGCUCCUGCUCCGCCUGUGAGGGGCCAGUGGGGUCCCGCCACCAGCCAGACAAGGAGGCCCCUUGCAAUCCCAGCGACCCUCUACAGCCUUGGGACAGUACCUCUGCCGUCGCCUGCAUCUCCCUGCCUCUUCUGCCACAUCACGGAGAAACUCUGGGAGCCUCUGAACCGGGACCUCAGGAAAUCAGCUGGGUGGGCCCUCGGGCUGGCCAGGCCCCCAGUAUGACUCUCAAAGACAGCUUCAAUCUGCCCCCAUUGUUGGUGCUGCCCACACGCUGGCCUCCAAUCCUGGGCCCAGAUGGUGCUCUAGAUGAACAUCUCAGGGCUGAGGGGCCAUGUCGAGUCCCAGGUGGUUUUGAGUGCAUCCACUGCCGCAGGCCGUAUCACACGCUGGCGGGCCUGGCCAGGCACCAGCAGCUGCACUGCCAGUUGUCGACUGAGCGCACCUUCACCUGUAGGUACUGUGACAAGGAGUAUGCCAGCCUGGGUGCCCUCAAGAUGCAUAUCCGCACCCACACGCUGCCCUGCAUUUGUAAGGUGUGUGGCAAGGCCUUCUCCAGGCCCUGGCUGCUCCAGGGCCACAUCCGCACCCACACAGGUGAGAAGCCUUAUACCUGUUCUCACUGCAGCAGGGCCUUUGCUGACCGUUCCAACCUGAGGGCCCAUCUGCAGACUCACGCUGGUACCAAGAAGUACAGGUGCACGGUGUGCCCCAAGGCCUUCUCCCGCAUGUCCCUCCUGGCACGGCAUGAGGAAGCCGGCUGCUGUCCUGGCCCCUAGGGGGGCACAGCAGAGUGGAGGGGCCACACCUGACAAUAUUCUCGGUGGUUCUGUCAUCCAGGACAGGGCCCAGCUCCCUGUGUCCUGCCAGAACCACGCCCAGUGGAGCCUUUGGGCGUCUUUCCCUAAGGCCUGUGUUGAGAGGACACUUAUCACCACAAGGCUCACCAAAAUAACCAACGUUUUCAGUUUGGCCUGUCUGCUGGACCUGUUCCAAAAAGGAGCAUCUAUUGGGAAACAGCUAACACUAGACAAAACCCACCAUGACACCAACUGUCCUGGCCACCUGGGUCCCUUUGUGUGCAACUUGGAAUGACCAUUUUUACUUGAGAGCACAAUGUGUGUCUAACCUUGGAAAGCACAGCUACCUCUCCGCCGGCCUCUGUUGCCUAUACCUUGGGGCUGGAGACACAUUUUCUCCUGCCCCUUGUGUGCACAUGCGUGUGUAUACACAAGCACACAUACACCCUGGCCCCUCCCUGUAAGAUGGGGCAGGGCCGGGGAGGACUGGGCUGAAGCCAGGUCCCACCUCACCUUUCCUCAGCAUUGCUGUCCUGCUGGCCUCAGUGGCUGGUUAACAUCUCAGGAGAGCAGCUGUGGGUAAUAAAGAGCCUUCACACUCGGGCCUCCUGUCUCAAGCCUUGACAUCUUGAGUCUUUACCGAUGCCCUGGAUCUGUGGAGGAGGCAGAAUUUC